GUAUGAAGAUGUUGAUGGAAAUAGUUGUGUCCGUGGCUUUGUGCGUUUUUGUGAGCGCAAGCGAACCGGAAUGUUCAAGAUUUCAUUAUGAAGAGAAAACGCUUGAAAAGAUUAUUAAAACUGAAAUAUAUGUGGACAAAAUAAAAUCGGAGACUGAAACCAUGCAGCAAAGAAUGUCCGAUAAACUGGAUGGAAUUCAAGAAGACUGGGAGAAAACGAAGAAUGAACUAAAUGAUGCGAAGGCAGACAGUAGGAAAGCUGUGGAAGAAAUCAAAGAAAGUAUUUCAACCAUUCAAGCAGUAGGCUUCCUGGCACACGAUAUAACGAAAACUGCGAUAAGCGAUGGUGACACACUUGUAUUUAAGACGACACACUUUGACGUCGGUUCCAGCUACAACAACGAAACUGGAAUCUUCGUAGCACCUGUGGCCGGAAUCUAUAUGUUUACCUUGCAGCUGUGUAUUGCAUCAAGCAGAUACGUUCACUUUGAAAUUGACACGAAAAAGGGUCCUAUUCUAAAAGGCUGCUUCAUAGACGACGGAAGUAGCUACAAUGGUUGCCAAACAGCUACAACUGUUGCAGAACUGGGAAUAAAGGAACCUGUAUGGAUAAAGAAAGCAUCAUCCAGCAGUAAUAUUGUUUUCAGGGGGGACUCAGACAUAUGGAAUAGCUUGUCUGGUGCUCUGAUUAGCGCAGUUACAAAAUAGACAAAAUAUUCAGUUGUUGAUUCACGUUUUAAAAACAUUCAUACACUGCUUUAAAUUCUCAUAAUUAUACAGUAGUCAAGUUUAUUGUGGUUGCUCAUAGAAGAACAGAACUGCCAUCUUACUACAGAAAUAGGCAUUGUUUAAAACAGAAAAGUUUUAUGUUCAUUUGCUCUUUCUUAUCGUCCUUUUCUCUUGCUUUACCUAUUCUUGUCUUUAAGAUAUUAAAACAUUUAUUACAGAAGCUUUGCUCUAUUCAUGUGAUACGACAGUGCUGACUUUUUCAACACUGACACAUCCUAUAAAUAACCUGUAAGUUAGAUCAUUGUUAAGGUCAAUGCAAGGUCAAGUCAAUGAAUUUGCAAAACUUU